AAUAUUUUUCAGCCUCAAGAUUUGACGACUGCUACUUCCGAAUGGAUCGAUAUCACUACUUCAGGAAAUACGGAAGAUCAUAAGAGUAUUUCUCAGUCUGAACAUGUGACAACUGUAACUAUUAUCACUGUGUCAUCGACGGUUCCGUUUUUAUUCAUAUUUUUAAUUGGAAUAUUUCUUUGUUAUUGUUAUCGUCAUCUUUAA